AUGGAGAAUGCAUCACUCUUCUCUCCGGCAAACCCACACUUCUUCCAGCCUCUUCUUACCGGUUCCCAUAGCCACCUUAGUAUCCCUGUGAAGUUCUUCUCCAAGCACAUAGAAGGAAAAUACGAGGGCAAGACUGUAACAUUGAGAUCAGAUGCGUCGGAGAAAACAUGGAAAGUGAAGAUGGAAGGCCAAAGACUCACUGAAGGUUGGAAAGAGUUCGUCAGGGCACAUGAUCUUCGAAUCGGUGAUUUUGUCGUUUUCAGACACGAAGGAGACAUGUUGUUCCAUGUCACAGCUUUAGGACCAAGUUGCUGUGAGAUCCAAUACGCACCGUCUGGUAGCCGCGACGAAGACAAAGAAGAGACUAGUGAAACAGAUAAUAUUGCUGAAAAAGCCUUAGAAAACCGGUUUGUGAAGUUAACUCCAACACCAAACAGCCUUGAUCUCGGUAAACAGCAUCUACCGGUAAGUUUCACGAGAGCGAACGGGCUCAUCAAGCCGGAGAAGGUAAUUCUGGUGGAUAAAAACCGAGCUGAGUGGUCGAUGAACCUUAAGGUUGAGAAAGGAAGUGGAACAAUGUACAUUAUGAGUGGUAAACACUGGAAACGUUUCUGUGCCGUGAAUGAAGUAGGCGCAGGGGAGUCUCUAACUUUGGAGUUGAUCCGAGGAGGCGUAAGUCCUUUGCUUAAGUUCUGCUCCAAGAUGGAGCAAUCACCAUUUGACGCACAGGCUCGGACACACAAGCGAGCUCGAGUUCAGAGAUGGAUCAGUCAGGAGACUAGACCGAAGCAUGAGAUAAGGGAGAAGGCAGCUGAAGAAGGAGAACCCUUUCGUCGCACUAGGGCAUCUAACAAUGCUAAUCAAGGAAACUUAGAGAACACGCAUCCUUGCUCUGUCUCAGACCUCGUGCCUAAGGUGAAACAGAGCGUUGCAGAUACUUUAACUAGUAUCAGACUGUUUCGUGAAGAGCUCGAGAAAAUGGAACAGAAACUAGAAGACUCAUUGCAGGAAAUCGACAACUUAGAGAGGAGAAUACAACGGCAAUAA